AGAGCUACUAAGGCUUGGCGUAGCAUAUCUAGCACAAGCUACAACUUGGGAAAAUACUACAGGCUUCAUGUUUCUCAUCACAUUAAGACGGACAAGAGGAGCUAGCCUAAACGUUGCGAAUAUUGCACUGAGUGCACAUAUGUUCGACAAUGCCGCGUACCUCCGUGCUUUCUUUCCUUUGUAACAUCUGGAAAGUACACAACCCUCACCAACAUCCUCACCAGAGAACAACAGCUACGCAACACCCCAAUCGGAACCAGCGUCAUGAAGACCGGCGCAUCUCUACUUUUCGCUCUUCUCGCGCGUAUCGUAUCCGCCGUCCCACCUCCGGCGGCCUCUUCCGAGCUUCAAGAACGGAAGGUCGACCCCGAGACAGUUGGUACCUGGUCCUUCAACGGGGGGGGAAAGAUGUGCGCCAACUUCUGCAACCACUUUCCGUACAAUUGGAGAUGUGUUCAUCCAGACCAGUGGCCGAAGGAGUGCUUCGCGCAAGGGCCGGACGACGUCGUCUUUACGCCCCCUUACGUAGGGCCAGUGAGGAGUAACGGAGUCUAGGUGGCUUGUUUGGCGGGUGAGACGGUCAUUCGCAGAAACGGUCGCUACACUAACUGGGGUACAUGAUAAUAGUUAGCGUAAGGUGGCAGCAUUUUUUCAGAGAGG